CGCAAACAUGUCAGAGAGGAGAGGUCAGAAGAAGUCCAUUUUCCUGUCAUUAUUGGUGUGCUGCAUGUUUGCCAGUGCAGAGUAUUCCAGCUGUGGAGAGUACGAGUUCUUCAACCAGACCAGUAACAGCUGCCAGGCCUGUCCUCAGUGCCAGCCUGGACAAGAGCCGCACAUGACCUGCGGCUACGGUGUGAGGGAUGAGGACUUUGCCUGUGUGCCGUGUCCUCACGGGAAGUAUUCCAAGGGGAAGUACGAGAUCUGCAGACGCCACAAAGACUGCGACGCCCUCUACAAAGCCACGGUGCGGGCGGCGGGGACUCCGGACAGCGAUGCCGAGUGUGGGCCGUGUUUACAGGGGUAUUACAUGCUGGAGAACAGACCCAGAAACCUCUAUGGGAUGGUGUGCCACUCCUGCCAGAACGCACCGCGCAACACCAAAGAAUGCAAGCAAAGCAUUAAACCAAAAGAGAAACCUCCGAUUGACCCUGGCAGCACGACAGUGUUCCCUCACCUGGAUAAAGGUACCAAUGGACAGGGUCACCUAGCCACAGCUCUCAUCAUCGCCAUGUCAACCAUAUUCAUCAUGGCCAUCGCCAUCGUCCUCAUAAUCAUGUUUUACAUCCUGAAGGCCAAACCCAGCGGCCAGGCGUGUUGUUCUGGACAAGUUGUGAAGACAGUGGAGGCUCAGACCAUCAAACAGGAAGACAAGAAAGAUGUUCCAGACAAUGUGGUGAUCUACUCAGAAAAGGACGAGUUUGACAAACUGAAAGCCCCCCCGCUGAAGACGGUCAAAAGUGAAAACGAUGCAUCCUCCGAGAACGAGCAGCUGCUGAGCCGCAGCAUCGACAGCGACGAGGAGGCUGCGUCCGACAAACAGGGAUCAGCCGACACCACCAACACCAACCCGCGCCUGGUCAACCUGGGCAACAAGCCCGACCUCUGCCUCCUCUCUCUGGGGCGGCAUGAGAGCGACCACGCCUGCAACGGGUCCCCCACCAUCACCUCCGGCCAGGCCAACAACGGCCCGAGUCCCAACCACGUCAACCACAUCGGCAGCAACAACCACAUCAGCAACAUGAAUGCGAUCAAUAACAACAAUAAAACCCCAGGGAUGCUACAGAGUCGAAGGAAAAAGAUCCUGGAUCUGUACGCCAGAGCCUGCAAUGUGACAGAGGGCCUGAGCCCCACAGAGCUUCCCUUCGACUGUCUGGAGAAGACCAGCCGCAUGCUGAGCUCCUCCUACAGCAGCGAGGCGGCCGUGGUCAAGACGUGGAGGCACCUGGCCGAGAGCUUCGGCCUGAAGCGCGACGAGAUCGGCGGCAUGAGCGACGGCCUGCAGCUCUUCGAGAGGGUGAGCACGGCGGGCUACAGCAUCCCCGACCUCCUGACCCGCCUGGUGCAGAUCGAGAGGCUGGACGCCGUGGAGUCGCUCUGCUCCGACGUGCUGGGCUGCGGCGAGACGACGGCGGUCAACGGGCGGCAAGCGAUCAGCAGUUUCCACAGCCAGCUGGUGUGUCAGUCCCAGUUCCCCUCACCCUCCCAGCGCUGCGCCAGUGUCUAGACGUGUGGUGGAGCAGAGACUGAAGAGACUGGGAUGCCUUACAGUAUACAUUUCAGUAGGGACAGAUAUACUGCUCCGACCAGGAGGACAGCACGUAUACAGCAAACAUAUUACACCCAUCACAUGAAGAAUGUCCGUGGACCUUUUGCAGGCACAGUUCUUUUCUUCGCCCAUCGUGGUUCUCUCGCUUUCAAGAAGCUAGCAAUGUGAAGCCGUUUCCGUAACUCCCAUCUUUCUAAACUUUUACAGAGUUUCAGAAAGAAAAAAAAAAUGAACGAUUGCCCGAGUUCAGAUUAUUCUCGUUUGGUUGUUUAGAUAUUUUCUGCUUUUCAGGAACAAAACAAUCACGAUUCAUUUGAGACUUUUUACUUUCUCAAAUUCCAAUGGAAAUAGUUGGUUUGACUGUGCGCUGGAUGCAACACCAACAAACAUUUCGUCAGCAGUUUUAAAAAAGAUACACAACUAUAGUCAAGAGUGGAAUCUGGGAGUUGAAUGACUUAUCUGAAGAGUUUAUUAGAUUUGCUCUUUUCAGAGUUCAAACUACACAAUUCACAGAACUUCUCUGCUGCUCGUGCGAAGUAUGUAAAUCAAACUCUUGCUACGGCUACUUCCUCAGCAGUGAUCCAGUCUGUGACCCCCCUCACCCCCUAGUCAUUCUUCCAGUCUACACCCCCCCCCCCCCAUUUCCCCUUUCACCCCUGCGCUGCGGUCUUGCGCUGCCGCCAGUCCUAAUUAUUUGGCGUGUGGCUUGCCGGGCCCCUAAUAGGCUGAGGUGUUGUGGUUUACAGAGCGGGUGCAAAGUGCCUGUGAUUUCCAUCACCCAAUUAAGCAUUUAGGGCCACUUAACCACUGAAGGCCCGGUGGAAAAGCUAUAAAAAAAAAAAAAUGUGCAUUAAGAAAUAGAGAUGCCACAGCAGCAGGCGUGACUAACUGCCUCUGGGGGGGGGGGUCUGAGCUGCGAGCCGGCCGUGGUGGAGGCUUCUGUGGCUCAGUCAUGCUCAGACAGGAUUUAAGCUCUCCUCUACCCUAUGGGACCAAUAUAGCAAAUGAGAACAACGUGCAGUUCGUGUGGGUCGUCCACUUCUGAUAAAAGUAGCCGAAGCCGGUUUACGGUUGUUAUGCACAGAGACUGAAGUGUGUGUGUGUGUG